UUGGGCGGUACAGAGAAUAGCAGCUGGGAGCUAUUUGUAACACGUGACUGAAGAAGCUUGGUGUUUCAUUUUCUCGCUGCAGCAGCCAUCAUCUCCUCACUUAAUUCAAAUCCAUUCUGCAAAAAAAAUAAAAGUAAGAAGCGGAAAAACCCGGACUGGUCAUGGACAGUCACAGGAAUAACCCAAGCGAGUAAUUUUUUUGCUUCCCUUUACUAUUUUCCUCCCCUAAUAGAAUCAGGUGAUAUUGACUGGCACCCACUUUGACCCAGUCUCCUUACAACUUGCUGACAACCACCAACCGAUUUGGAGGAUAAGGUGGUGGAGGCGGAGUUACUGGUUUUUAUAGAGGACAAGUGGGCAACUUGAACAUGGGGCAGAAAGUUCCAGGAGGGAUAAAGACAGUAGAUAUGAGGGACCCGGCUUUCAGACCUCUCAAACUUGAGCUGCAGGCUCUUGAUUACAGCAAGCCGGCACGAUUGGACAUGCUGUUAGACAUGCCGCCUGUUCCUCACGCGGUGCAGAUACUGCACUCGUGGAACAACGAUGACCGCUCCUUAAACAUCUUCGUAAAAGAGGAGAACCAGUUAAUAUUUCACCGGCAUCCGGUGGCACAGAGCACAGAUGGGAUCAGAGGUAAAGUAGGAUACACCAGAGGACUUCACGUGUGGGAGAUCUGCUGGGCAAUGCGACAAAGAGGCACGCAUGCGGUAGUGGGAGUUGCAACGUCGGAAGCUCCUUUGCAUUCGGUAGGAUACACGGCACUAGUUGGGAAUAACCAUGAAUCCUGGGGCUGGGAUCUCGGGAGGAACAAACUGUGCCACGACGGCAAGAAUCAACCAAGUAAAACGUACCCAGCGUUUCUGGAACCCGACGAGACUUUCAUUGUACCAGAUUCCUUGUUGGUGGUGUUGGAUAUGGACGAGGGGACGCUCAGUUUUAUUGUGGACGGACAAUAUUUAGGAGUUGCUUUUGCGGGACUGAAGGGUAAAAAACUCCACCCUGUAGUUAGUGCUGUCUGGGGACACUGUGAAAUCCGAAUUCGAUACAUAAAUGGACUUGAUCCUGAACCACUGCCGCUGAUGGACCUCUCUCGUCGUUCGGUGCGGGUCGCCCUAGGGAAGGAACGCUUGAAUGAAAUCCAUGCACUCCCCUUGCCAGCAUCCCUUAAGAACUAUCUACUCUACCAAUGAUUGGCGUGCCUGCGGUAGAACCAACUGGACUGUGCGGGAGACGGGAACCAGAAGCCGCUGUCCCUCGACGAUUUGCUUGUCUGUUAACCAGAUCCAUGUUGACUUCACUCAACCCCCCCCCCCCCCCCCCCCCCACCUCUUCAGCCUAUUAUAUUUGCCGAUUGGACAGUCGUUGCCACAAACCCCCCUUCGCACUGCUACUGUUCCUUGUCUUCAUGUAUUUCUUAAUUAUUACAAUCCUUGUGCUGGCUUUUUGUUGUCGCUUGCGUCAAACCUAUGGAUUUUUUUUUUAAACAAAUUUGGGCUCAACGGUUAACUGCUGUGGAGCCUGAAAACAGAACUGUGAUGGCAUCCAUGUCUGUUUGUAACUGAGAAAUGGGUUACUAAGAUUCCAGUUUGUGGGAGGGGGGGUACAUUUUAUCACCUUUUUUAAAUGGGGCUGCUUUUAUUUGGGGUGUCAUUUUACAAUCCAGUGAGAAACCAGAGGGACUGUUGGCAAUGUGUUUUUGUGGAUUCCAGUCAGUGAGUAGUUGGUUAGUGUCUAUAGAUAUGGUUCAUCCUGGCGUUGCAUUUGAAACUCAAUAUUCCUUGUAGCGCCUGCUAUUUUUAAUGGUCCUUUCAAACCUCUUGAUUCAUUCUCGAGUGGUAGGGUUUCCUCCCAGUUUUAAAACCAGGUACGUUAGCCGAUUUUUUUGAGGUUUUGGAAAGUAUACUAAUCCUGCAAGUUUGGUUUUAUUUUUUUGAACACAUGGUCUAGUUCCAGAAAGUUGCUUUGCCAAAUAGUUCUGCUUAUUUUUAUUGCUUUGUUGCGUGGAACUCAAAUAUUGCCCCAUUUGGAAGCUAUGUGGCUUCUCUUUAUUAGAACAGCUAGUGCAGAUAUACUGGAGUUGAGGAAUUUCUUCCAGGUUUUAUGAAACUCUGUCUAAUUCUAGGGGCAUGAACACCAAUGGAAAGCCUGGAAAAGGAGCUACUCUAAGUGAAUAUUGUCUUGCCCUGUGAGCUCAUUAGGUCACCUACAGAGCAAUGUUGGCUCUUGCAAUAUGCAAGCUCUAUUUAAGGGGAAGGAGGUUGUAUUGGCUAGUUAAACAAAUUGCAUUCUGGGAGUUGAGAUGCCUCGGAAGUAGUCCCAUGAUUCUGGUAUGCUGCAGGGCUCUUCAGUGCUUAGCUUUGUAUUGGAAUGCAAGUUAUUUCGUUAUGGUGCCUGUGUGGUAGACACUACAACUGACUCAUCAAUCAGGAAUCCUUCUGCCCGAUCUUAAGAAUUUUAAAAAUAAAUCAAGCACACUUGGAUGGUCUAUCUGAACACUUCAACAAAUUAAAUUUGCUACCGAAAUUUGUUUUUAACUGUGCCUGUAAGGAGGUGCAAGGUUUUUAAUUUUGGCACAAAAGGAUUUAAAAGGUCUAUGUAUGUCAAGCUGCUGUAGAGUGGGGAGUUUGAUACCCCUUUCUGCAAGGGUCCAGACUGGUUCAACGACAAGAGAUUUUGAUAAGACUAUUGGGUCCAAAAACCAACUUAUUUUAUUACUGUCCUGCAGACCUUUUAAUUGGCUGUGCCGGUUUCCCAGGGAACAGGUGAGAAGUUGCACAGAUGAUCCUGUGUCUGUAUCCUUGUUGUAUUGUCACCACUGUGAAUCCUCCAUGUUUGUCCGGUUGCUAAGCUUGUACACAGUCCUGAUUUUCCAGUUCCAUACUCUGUCGUUUUCCAGGCCUGUACAGUUGGAGCUUUUUAAUUUCCUUUUUAUUCUAUGUUGUAGAUAAUGUUUGUAACUGUCUAAUAAAGUUUAUUAUAAAUUAA